UAUCCAUUAGUUAUUUGCAUAUUUUCAUAUUAGUUCACCGCACUCUGUUAUGUUGAGCACAUUAACGUUCUUUUUUUAAAUGUUCAUUUCUUUGUCUUUCAAUAAUAUUUUUGUAAUUGUUUAAUUAAUUAGUAUUUUUUUCUAGUUUGAUUAAUGUUACCUUGAUUUACAAAGUGACAUAUAUUUUUACAAUAUUACGGUGUAGGUGUUCGUAUUACAGUAUGAAAUUUUGGAUUCUCCUACUUUUGUUUAUUGGACUUUUCGUUAAGUUUAAUCAAGGAAAGGGAUGCUCCUAUUUACAAGAAAAGUGUGAGUCCUCUGAUGAGUGCUGUUAUACUAUCACCUGUCCGUGUAUAAACGGACGCCAAUGCUGUCACAAUGUUAUAUGCGAUGUGUUUCCUAAGACGAGCCAUAAAAUUUGUCAAUUAUCAAAAGACUGCAUUGAGAAGAAAUGUGAAGUAUCAACGAUUUUUAUAGCAGACAAAAUCGAUCCUGUUACUCCAAAAUCCGAACUUUCAAUUACUUCCAAUACUGUAUCUACAUAUCUGACGUCUCUAACUGUAAUAGUGACUUCUCCUGAUAAAUAAUUACAAAAUAAAAUAAAAGUCUUAAAUCAUCUUAAAAACA